GCCUUCUUUUCCCCUUCUCCCUUCCUAUUGGCUGAGAGUCAAAGGAGUGAAAAUGGCGAUGUCUGUCAGUUGCAAGUUGGGGAGCCGCUUAGUCCCGCGGUUGUUUUCCACGCCAGUGCGGCAACUCAGUCAUGGAACACAAGUAAUGUACCAAGCUGACGGUCCUCAAUCCGCCUUCUUCUCUCCUGUUAAGAAAGUAAUGUUACCACCAGACGCUUUCCAUGGAAAGGUGGCUUUUAUCACAGGUGGCGGCACAGGUCUUGGGAAAGGAAUGGCAAGCGCUCUUUCUAGCAUGGGAGCAGAGUGUGUGAUCGCAAGCAGGAAACUUGAUGUAUUGAAGCAAACUGCGGAAGAAAUUUCUUCUAGAACAGGAAAUAAGGUUCAUGCAGUUCCGUGUGAUGUGAGAGACCCAGCUUCUGUCAGCGAUGCUGUUUCACAGUUAAUUGAUGUAGCUGGACAUCCCAGUGUCAUAAUAAAUAACGCUGCUGGAAAUUUUAUUUCUCCUUCUGAACGCCUUUCUGCAAAUGCUUUCAAAACAAUUUCAGAUAUUGUUCUUAAUGGCACUGCCUUUGUAACUCUUGAAAUCGGAAAACAACUAAUUAAAGCUAAAAAAGGGGCAGCAUUUUUGGCCAUUACAACAAUAUAUGCAGAAAGUGGGUCUGGGUUUGUGAUGCCAAGUUCUUCUGCCAAAGCUGGUGUUGAGGCAAUGUGCAAGUCCCUUGCUGCUGAAUGGGGUAGAUAUGGCUUAAGAUUCAACGUAAUUCAACCAGGUCCAAUAAAGACUAAGGGAGCUUUCAGCCGCCUUGACCCAGCAGGUAAAUUUGAAAAGGAAAUGAUCCAAAGAAUCCCUUGUGGCCGCCUGGGAACCAUCGAGGAGAUUGCUAAUCUUGCCACUUACCUCUGUAGUGAUUAUGCCAGUUGGAUAAGUGGAGCCGUCAUACGAUUUGACGGUGGAGAAUAUGUGCAAAUGGCUGGAGAGUUCAAUAGUCUACGGAAGGUUACCAAUGAUGAGUGGGAUAUGAUGGAAGAAAUGAUAAGGAAAACAAAAGGAUCGUAACUUUUUAAUUGGGAGUUUUGCAUAGUAAAUCUUUCCAGGAGUUUUCUAAUCACUGAACUCAAUGCCCAGGUGCUGAAAAUGAUGGUAAUAAAAGACACAUACUUUUAUAUGUAUGUGUUUCAAAACAAUGAAUGUUUCCAUGAUUUACUGACUUUAGUUUACCUACACAUAAUAACAAGAUGUUUUAUAAAUUACAUUCCUAAGUGAAUUAUAUAAUACACAGCAGAAAUUUACAAUAAAUGCUAAUAUUAAAUUCA